CCCAACUAUAACAACUACUACAACUCCGAAAAUCAAAACCAAUUUGCUUUUUGGGUCAGUGUCAACACUAAUGGCGAAACAUAUUGUUAAUGGUGGAAAAGAGAUCAUUGAGGAGGACGCAUUAUUUGCUUCAUCAUCUUCAUUGCAGAAGAUGCCUCUUUUAUCUCUAAAUCACGUCUCCUUCAUCUGCAAAUCCGUUCGUAGAUCCGUCAAGUUUUACAGUGACGUCCUGGGAUUCGUUCUUAUUAGACGUCCUUCCUCCUUUGACUUCGAAGGUGCUUGGUUGUUCAACGAUGGGAUUGGAAUACAUUUGUUAGAAGUGGAGACGACUCCUACAAAAACAACAGCGAUCAAUCCAAAAGACAACCACAUUUCGUUUCAGUGCACGGAUAUGGAUAUCAUAAUCAAGAAACUUGAGGGAUUGGGUAUCAAGUAUGUGACAGCGGUGGUGAAAGAAGGUGGUGUGGAGGUGAACCAGUUAUUCUUCCAUGAUCCAGAUGGUUACAUGAUUGAGAUCUGCAACUGCCAUGUUCUUCCUGUACUUCCCAUCACCUCAUGCCCCCUCAAGAAGCUCCCUGCAACAGCUUCAAAGAUCAAAAUUAAUGGCGGAUCCUCCUUCUAUGAGAAAAUAAGCUCCAAGAAUUACAAUUGUGGAGAAGAUGAAGCGUUUAUGAUGGACAAUUUUUUAAUAGACAUGAUGGGUAUCUCCUUGUAAGAUCAAACCAAAGCAAAUUAAAGGGUGAGUUGGAUUUGAGGAAAAAAUUUGUAUCGUUUGCCGAAUUCUUUAAAAAUUGAGAGUUAUCAAUUUAAUAUUUGUGUAUGUAAUUGUGUAAUAUAUAUGGCGGAAGAAGAAA